AGAUGCCCCGCCCCUUGUCAGUCUAGCGGAGAGAUGCGGAGCGAGAUGGACUACUGCGUCUAAAACCCAAAGAUCAGGUGGACCGAGGCGAAUGGACCAAUAUUUCUCCCAUCACUCACGCACAGAUUAUUACUUCAUUAUUUCGCGCACCGAUAGCGUUCAAAAUGCCUUUCCCACCAAUAAACCUGCACUCACGGAUAUCCUCGCCUAGAAAGGAGCUGUUCAGGAAAAAGAAGAGCAGGGACAAUGUCGCACCUCCUGAACCCGCGUUCAGUCAAAGGACAGGAGACGACAAGGAGUCGGAGAAAGAUAAACUAUCCACAUCGUGGACAUCUGCCAAUCUAAAGCAGCUGGGACGAAGCAAGCCGAGCAGAGUGCCUCCAGAUCCCGAGACGGACAGCAAACAUUCGUGGUUGAGCGUCCCCAAACCCUUGGCUACCUCAUGCGAAAGCGUCCCACGGUCCAGUUCUGGAGAGUCCACCCAUAAAUACGCCUCCAGGAACUCUCUAGCAAAAGAAGGCGGCGAGCAAGAGAUCCACUUCUCCCUCAGCCUGACCCCCGAAGCCAUCCUGGUCAUCCAAAAGCGCAACCUAGAAAAGCAGAUGAUGGCCAAGCAACAGAAGUGCUGCGCUUCCGCGGACUUGCGACACCGGCGGGUUUUCCCGUCCAAGAGAGCUCAGGGCAGCUCCAGUAACAAGAGCUCCGGACCUGUUGCCAAACUGGACGCUUCCAAUGACAUUAGCACCAUUGUGAAGAUCUCCCUCCUCAACGAUCAGUAUAAAUAUGAUGAUGUGGAGUACGAGGAGGAGGACGGAGACGUGGACGAGACAGUCAUGCGGAAAUGUAAAGAGUGGCUCAAAGGUGUAGAGAGUGCUGCUGCUUUUGGGAAAGUGGAUAAACUGUCACCUCUGCCUCAUAUUAAAAGCUGAUUAACCCGAACUCAGCCUACUUCAUUCCACACCGAAAGGUCCACUGUGAAGUCUUCAGUUCACGAGUUAUGUGUCAAACACAGAAGUCACCUAAUUUGCGUUUAGAAAUAAUGUCACACAGAAUGCGUGCUUGCGUUGGACGGAGCGCAAUGUAAUAUAGAAUACUGAGUCGCCUUUGUAAAAGCUGAACUUCAAUUUUAAUGCACAUGUGGCUCUCGCACACAGGACGCGUUCUUCUUUUCAGCAACAGAUUUUAACUUGACUGUGCGACUUAAAAUCUUGGCACACACACACACAUCUCUCUCUCUCUCUCUCUCUCUCUCUCUCUCUCUAUAUAUAUAUAUAUAUGAAGUUAUUGGAAUGGAACAGAAUGCAGAGGUGUUCUAAAAAUGAUUGUUUUCACAUUGAUGCGCCAUUUAAACCUGAUGGCGCAAGUGGCGAUGCACUGGCCAAAAAACGACCUUAUGACGCAGCGCACAUAAAGCAACAAUAAAUAAACAUGUCUGACUGAACGCAAGAACGCGUCCUUUGCGUACACACACUCAGCGUUUUUAAUGGACUGACUGGAAUGGUUUUUUUUUUUGUUUGUUUUUUGUUUUUCUGGAUUGAGAUGUAUUGCUGAUCACUGAAUUUUUGCAGGUUACCUUUACGCAUUGAAUGAGAAGCAGUAGUGUUUUUUGCACAUUGCUAUUGUUUUCACUUUGAUGGGCUGAAUGACGGAUGUUUGUUUCGAUCUGUGGAAGUGAGAGGAUGCGAAUGUCGACCGGUGAAAGGCAUCCAGAGGCCACGGUCCUUCCUUUGUGCCAGAAAACAAUAGCCAUCAAGGCGACCCUGUCUGAAAGCCUUAGAAUAGACACUUAAUAUCUGAAACUUGUUAAAAGUUUGUGUGUAAUAUGCACUCGGUGACUGUUUGAUCGACGAACCAGCCGUGUACAGUAUUUAUUUUGCAACGUGUGUUUAUAUGCUGUGUGUUGUUCCAGGUCAUUUAUAAGGUUUCUGAUAAUAAAAUCGAAAAUACAUGUU